UAUUGCUCAGUUGUAACACUUGUGGACUCAUCAAAUGUGAAGUUAACUUGCACUCUUUUUAAUGGAAAUCUAGAUUCCCUACCAAAAAUUUACAAAGUUGGGGAUAUUGUUCGAUUUCAUAGAAUAAAGAUCAGGGAAUACAAUGGACAGAUGCAGGGAAUUAACAGUGUGGGAUUUGCAUCCUUGACAUUUGAUGGAACUGUAGGAGCACCAGUAGUUCCUCGAACCUCUAGCAAAGUGUACACUUUCAUGGAUGAAGAACUGAAAACAAUAGAAGAAUUACGUGUUUGGGCAGCCAGUAAUCUUUCCAUUUCUGGACCAGCAGCAAAAUUGUCUGGUGUUCAGCCAAUGCUGUUCUUUGAUCUCACUUGCCAGCUGGUAGGAAAAGCAAAAGUGGAUGGAUCUUCUUUUCUCCUAAAGGUAUGGGAUGGCACAAAAUGUCCCUACCCAACAUGGAAGGUGCCUGUGGAAGCAAGAGACCUGGAAGGAGACAAAGUUCUUCUUCAUCAGCUGCGAAAUCUGACAGUGGACAUUCUAGUCUACGAUAACCAUGUACAGCUGGCAAAAUCACUUAAGAUUGGAAGUUUUCUGAGAAUUUACAGUGUUCAUACGAAACAAGCAAGUGCGGACAACGAAGAUGUCUCACACAUAGAAUUUCAUCUUCAUGGUGGCACCUGUUACGGUCGAGGAAUAGGAGUCAUACCAGAAAGUAACCCAGAUGUUAAGGAACUAAAAGCAUUCUUAGAAUCUGUGGACCUGGCAGAGAGUCAGAAUAUGGGAAGCACGUCUUCACAGGAAUUAGAUGUCACUUUUAACAAUGUUGCAGAUCUUGAAUCACACUUACAGAGAUGUCAGCAGUUAUCUGUUACAGUAUUAACAGAUCAUCAGGAUUUGAGUAACACAGAACUGAAAACCAUUCUGAAGAGCGCGGCUCCUCAACAGUACCGCAUUAGAGCAAAGCUGAGAACUUAUAAACCCCAGAAGCUCUAUCAGUCUAUUAAACUUCAUUGUUCCAAAUGCAACUCUUUGCGAGAAGUUCCAGAUGGAGAUGACUUUGACUUUAUUUUACAAGGCUCUGCCGUUACUGCUCCAAACCCAGAAUUACACAAUACGUCCUGGUAUGAUUCUGUAAUGUGGACUACACAAGACCAGAAACAGAGGAAAAUAGCUAUCCAUUUUGUAAAGCAUGAUGAGAUGCUUCAGCAGCCUGAAGAUACUUUGAUUAUGAUAGAAGGUGGAACUCUAAAAGAAGUCUGGAAGCUUGCAAAAAGAUUUAAAUGUGUUAUUCCUGUGAGAUCCACAGAAGAUGAUCUUGAAUUAUUAGAUCUUUCAGCUCCUUUUCUUUUACAAGGCAACAUAAAAUAUUAUGGAUGCAAGCAGUGUUCAACUCCAAAGCCUAUGAAGAGUCUAAGCUUCAUUGCGGCAGAACAACGACCAUCAUGGGAACCAACUGAAAUAGCACAAGUUUUAGGUAUUGAGCUGCUCCAGUAUGUUUUUAUUAUGAAGUUUACACUGGUUGAUGGAACAGGAGCACUAAAUGCAUACCUUUUUGAUUAUGAAAAGUUUUUCCAAAUUCCUGCCUCUGAAAUCUUAACUAAUAAUUUUCUUCAGCAAAAGAUGCAGAUGACCAUGAAUACACUCUGUCCUCCAGGAAGAAAAUUAGCUGACCUGCCAUGGCUGGAAUGCUUCAUCAAGUCUUAUAAUGUCAGAGAUGCGACGAAACAACAAGUUUGUUACCAAAUUUUUGACACUACAGUUGCUGAAGACGUUGUAUAGUGAUGUGUCGCUAAUAGAAAUUAAUCCAGUAACGAUCCAAUUUUGUCAGGUUUGGGAUCAGAGACUUUAUUAAAAAAAAAAAAGCACCUUUGUUUCUUUCUUAGGAAUUUAACCUGUAUGUAUGAAGUUUUAGUUUGUAUAUUAAUGCAAAUAGGAGUUAUGCUUUGAUCUAUUUACUACUUUCCUGGCAUACAGCUUUAUGAUCUGAGUGGAAGUGGAGGUGCUAAGCUUUUCACUGGAGGCUGCUUGGCUCAGGCUGAUGGAAGCAAUCUAGUGUCCAUCUGUCCUUCAAAAAGCAGUGAUGAACAUACUCUAAACUGGUGAGUUUUACUCAGAAAAUAGUCAAAAUGAUGCUGCUUUGUUCAUUUCUGAAUUGAAAUAAAUGAUGUCAGCAGAGAUAGGGAGAUGGAGCUCUUCAGUAAACUUUCAGACUACAUUUUGCAAGCAU